AUGAAUGUCCAGAAUACCCUUCAUAUUUUAGUUAUAGAUGAAGUGGGUACAAGUACUGUAUACAAACCAGUAACAUAUACUGAUUUUGUGGAUGUAGAAGCAGAUAAAGUAUCCAUCAUUCUCAUUACGAGCAAAGGAGCUGCAUCUGAACUGGACAAACAAAGAUGCUUGGAAGUAGUCGAGUUGGAGCGUCCAACUACUGACGGCAUGGUGGAGAUAUGGGCAGAAAGACUUGACAAAAAGCAUCGUAUUGAUCUAGUUUAUACUAAACAGGAAGAUAUUAUUCUUCGUGCAGCCCAUAUUCGCAAGAUGCUCGGCCAUUCGACUGGGUUUCUUCGCGAUAACGCAAUCUUAUUUCGUGACAAAUUUGCCAUGAAAGAAAUGGCAAGUACUCACGACUUCCCCGUUCCAGAGUUUAAAAGAGUAUAUUCUCCAGCAGACAUCAUCAUGUUCACCAACUCAUACGGGCUGCCCAUUAUUGUCAAACCCACUCUUGGUUCAGCCUCGGCAGGCAUGCGUGUCAUUCACACUCGACAAGAUCUUGAAACUUACCUUGAAAAAGAGUUUUAUGAGCGUAUCGAUGACAAGGGAAAGGUCAUGGACUACUCUGGCGAUCUUAUUGUUGAGAAAUUCCUGGCUGGUUGUCGGAUGUAUCACGUCAAUGGUUAUGCAAAACAAGGCAAAUUGGAGCAAGUCUGGCCUUUCGAGUACAUCAACACCAAUUUUGAAUUUACAAUGGGCAAAGCAUACGGUAAUGUUUUCAUUCCACAAACUGAUCCAAGAUGGAAGAAACUGGUCGAGUCUACACAAAAACUCCUUAAUAUUUUACCUUGUCCACAGCAUCUCAUGUUUCAUCUCGAGUUAUUUGAACACGUUUCACAGACUGGAGAGAUCGAGUUUGUAUUGUGUGAGAUUGCUGCAAGAAGACCUGGUGGAAGUAUUGCACUUUUGAUUGACUUGGCUCUUGGUGGCGGCGGAUUCUUUCCCGAAAUCGAGUUUCGUUUAAGCAACGGUCUUGAACCGCGCGAUCAUGGAUUAAAACCCAUUGAUCCAAUUCAAGCUCUGGGUGAUCUUAUGAUUCCAAAACAAAUAGGCAAAAUCGUUGCAUUACCCGAUCCUGCCGCAUGUCCUGUUUCUGGACUAAAGUGUCAUGUGCUAGCAAAGGUCGGAUCCGUGUAUACUGGAUUUGACAUUGGUAGUUUGAAUACUGGUAUACGGCUUGUUACUGAUCACUCGUUUACAUCUACACAAGAUGUUCAAAAUGCUUUGACAGCUGGACAUGCAUGGGCUCAAAUAAAUACAAAGUUGGAGAAUGUUUUAUCCGCCUGA